CCAGAUUCAAAGGUGAUGGUGUAAAAUACAAGGCCAAGCUGAUUGGCAUUGAUGAUGUGCAUGAUGCAAGAGGGGAUAAAAUGAGCCAAGAUUCUAUGAUGAAAUAAAGGGAAUGGCGGCAGCUGGUUGGUCUCAAGGACAACACAAACAAAGGAUCUGGGUCAACAUUUCCCUUUCUGGGAUAAAAAUAAUUGAUGAGAACAACUGGGGUAAUAGAGCAUGAACACCCAGUAAAUAAAAUUUCUUUCGUUGCCCGUGAUGUGACAGACAACCAGGCGUUUGGUUAUGUGUGUGGAGGAGAAGGACAGCAUCAGUUUUUUUGUCAUAAAAACAGGACAACAGGCUGAGCCAUUAGUUGUUGAUCUUAAAGACCUCUUUCAAGUUAUCUACAAUGUAAAGAAAAAGGAAGAAGAAAAGAAAAAGAUGGAAGAAGCCAACAAGGCACUAGAGAACAGGAGUGAGACCCUACUGACCCUUGAUGACCAAGCUAACAAACUAAAAUUGGGUGUUGACCAGAUGGAUUUGUUUGGGGACAUGUCUACACCUCCUGACCUAAAUAGUCCAGCAGAAAACAAAGAUAUCCUGUUAGUGGAUCUAAACCCUGAAAUCGACACCAAGCAGAAUUCUUUAAGAGAAAAUCCAUUCUUAACAAAUGGCAUUACCUCCUGCUCUCUUCCUCGACCAAAGCCUCAGGCAGCUUUCUUGCCUGAAAAUGCCUUUUCUGCCAAUCUCAACUUCUUUCCCACCCCUAAUCCUGAUCCUUUCCAUGAUGAUCCUUUUGCACAGCCAGGCCCAUCGACACCCUCUUCAUUUGAUUCUCUCAAAUCUUCAGAUCAGAAGAAAGAGAAUUUGAGUAGUUUGUCUACUCCACUGAGUAACAGGCCCCUGAAUGGGGAUGUUAACUACUUUGGUCAGCAGUUUGACCAAAUCUCUAACCUGACUGGCAAACAGGAAGCUCAGGCAGGCCUGUGGCCCUUUUCAAGUACACAAACACAGCCAGCAGUGAGAACUCAAAAUGGGAUAUCUGAAAGAGAACAGAACGGCUUCCAUGUCAAAUCCUCCCCGAAGCCUUUUGUGGGAAGCCCUCCCAAAGGACUGUCCAUACCGAAUGGCGUAAAGCAGGACUUGGAAAGCUCUGUCCAGUCCUCACCACAUGACCCUAUAGCCAUUAUCCCACUUCCACAAAGUACCAAACCAGGACUAACCACUUUGACAUAUUAG